GUGUCGGCGCGCUCGUUCCGGGCUGUUGUCACUGACGACCGCGGUCGCCGUGGCAUGUACAAACUAACCAUGCGGAGAUAAAUUAACUUCACCAUGAAGUAUGUUUCUUUAUCACCUGCCAGCUGCAGGACUCCUAGUUGUGCUAUGAUGAGGACCUUCAGGCUGGAGUGCAAGAGUAUAGUUUUAAGGGAUUUUUGAGAAGAAGGAAGUUCCUUUUGCUACAACUAUUCCUUUAUUUUCCUUUCUUUCUUCAGCAGCAAUCAAAAGAUUCUGAAAAUGGAAUGGGGAGGAGAGUAUUCUCUUGAUUCUUCCAAUUUAGACUGUUUGUUGAAUAUCCUUCCUGGAGAAAUGGAGUUUCAGCAAAUCCUUAGUGAUCUUGAUGAAAAAAUAAAGAAGAACUCUUCUAGCAUAGAACAGUGUCUUAAAGACCUGCAAUCAGAAGUAAAUGAAAUAUGUAAUGAUGAAAUACUGCAAAGUACAACUGACUGUCUUCAGUGGCUCAACAACUGCGGUUUUACCUCUCUUAGACCUUCUUCUACACACCCCAGAGAGCUGAUGGAGUUCCUCAGGACCCUGCAAAGCUUGCUGAAGGACGAGCAAAAUCAAGAAGAAAUGAUACUUCACUUCCUUCUGGAUCUCUCUAGUCAGUGUGGCGUCUCAUUUCCCUGCACACCAAGCGGGACAUCUUUUGAGUUAACUGCUUCCCUUCAUGCUGUUGAGGAUGAUUCGACUAUGGAUGUGAAAUCUCUCUGGGAUGAUGUGAGAUUGCAUCUUCGACGAUUUUUGAUAAAUAGACUGCAGUGUCAAGAAGAAACAAGUACUAAUGCUUUACAACAACAAGUAGAGUUUAAAACCCAGUGCAUACAGCAACUUUUGUUUCUUUAUCCUGAAUCAGAAGUCUUGGCCAAGUAUCAAAAUAUGCAGCAUAAACUGGUUAGUGAUCUUCUCCAGAACUGUGUUUUGUCAAGUUGCGGUGAAACCAAUUUUGAUAAGGUGGUUCACGGUGUCCAAAGUUCUGUACCUACAUUGUGCACUAUGAUUAAAGAGGAUUUCUAUGUAUUAAGUGGAACUAUUGAUCCGUCUGCAUCAGUGAAGUUUAUUAAUGAGACGUACCUGGAUACCAUCACUGAUGAAAUGACAGUUCUUCUUGAAAGACUUUGCGAGCUGCAGUUCAAAGAAAAUGCUCUACAUAUAGUUAAGGCAAACAAGAUUUCAAAGAAGCAUAGAGGAACAGUUCACGCUGUGGCCUCCCAAGAAUGCCAAAAAAAGGCACGGAACUUCUGCUUGACAUUGUAUCAACUCAAAUGUCUUUCUCAACUUAUCAAACUCUUUUUGUUAAUGGAAGAAAAGAUUGAAGAGCUCUCUGCAGAAAUUCUGUUGGUGCCUUCAUUUACAGAGAAGAAUAAGACUGUUCAAGGAGUUCUGAAGAAAGCUGGUGGGGAGCUUUUAAUAGGAGAAACCAGAGCAAAUGAAACCAGUGUGCUUCCUGAACAGUUACUUCAGGUAGAAGAGCCUGUUUUCCUGAAUUUUGGCUGGAGAAAUGCAUUUAAAGACCUAUCUUCCUCUGUGGCUCACUGUAUAACAAUAGCAAUUGAGGACUUUUCAACUAAAAUCCUUCAACAUGAGCAGAAAGAAGAGUUUUCAGCUGCAGGCUAUGCAAUGAGUCUUGUAAACAACCGGCAAAUGAGGGAGUCCUGUGGAGCAGUCCAACAGGAGGAGCAACCAAAACGAAUUGCUAAGUUUUGUUCUGACAUCAUGGAAGAACUUGACACAUUGCUUCCAUUGGCUCUGGCAUGCAGACAUGAUUCCCUUCAGGAAAUUAGAGCAAACUUUGUGGAGGCCUGCAGCAAAGUGGCAACAGCUGUCCUGGCACAGCUGGAGGAGAAGAGCAAAGACGUUCCUUCCAAGGCUCCCCUGCAGGAGUUGCACGCUGCCCUUUCCACAGCCAUAUAUGUCUUCCAGCAUUUUACAAUGUAUAGCAAUUUAAUGAAAGAAACAAGCAAAAAACCCCUGUUCCAAGUGCCCAUCCAACAAUAUCAGGAAUUCAUCAACGUUCUCCAGUUUCAAGUUACGAGCUACUGCGUCAGAGUUUGUGCUACAAGCAUUUUACAGGAUGCUGAGAGCCACCACUGGGAUGACUGCAAAGCUUUUUAUGAGGGGGAAAGAUGCUCAUUCUCUGUCCAGAUGUGGCAUUACUUCUGCUGUGCUCUUCACCAUGAUCUGUGGACUAUUCUGCCUCCCAAGACGGCACAGGAGAUCCUUACUGAUGUACUAGAGCAAACUUUGGCUUUGCUGUGCUCCAGAUAUUGCCAGGCCUGCCCCACUUACAAGAGAACACCACAGAUCAGAAUUGAUAUUGCAUCAAUUUUGAUGUCCACUGAAGAUCUGCUAUGGUCAGUCUGCAGCUCUGUAGAGGAAUUUCUGAAUCCACGUGAAGACAGAGAUGUCAAGAUUUGUAAAAUACACAGCCACUGCAAUAGUCUGCUCUCUGUGCUUGCUAUUUUAACUUCACCACUGAAGACUUUGCAUGAGACAUUUCUGAGGAAUUCUGAUGAACAUCUUCCUCAAGAUUUUUCAGAAGUCAUUUAUCAUCCAUCACACUGGUUAUUUUGCAUCCCAUUGUCCUGUUCUUCCUUGCUGAAGACUGCAUCAGCCAGAGAAAUGACAGCCCGAGGUCAGCUGAAACUGCUUUUAUCUCAGCCGUACUGUAAUUUGAACUUGCUUUUGGAAACAUUGCUACAUCAAGAUUGUCUCUUAGUGAAAAUUUUACUGAGGGGCUCCGGAAAUGAAGUAUUGAAUCCUGAUGAACAAAGUUCCCUCCUAGAAGAGACGAAUAACAAACAGCCUACUCUGAUUGAAACAAUCUUCACAAUAUUUUCUUGCUGCACUUUAUCACCCAAAUCUCUUGGCAUUGCUUUUGAGACCUAUAUGGAAAAAAAGCAGUUGUGGAAUUCCUUAUGUAAUAUGACAGUUUCCAGUUGUGGAGAGUCGGAGCCAGAAGUUAUCAAGUGCUUGAAGUUGACUUUGAUUAAUUCAGUCAAAGGUGUAGUGAAGCAGAUAAUUUCUUUGAUGCAUUCAUGGGAGGCAACGGAAAACUACGGAACAUACCAGCACAAGCAAAUAGUUCCCGAAAGUUUGCUGAAAACGGUUCCAAAGGAAUGGAAUUACACACCUCGAGAAAUGAAGAGAAAGGAAUCUGGGAAAUGCUUCACAAGGCUUGCAGCUCAGGCAGUAUCUAUUGUAAUCAGCAAGUUACCUACAGUGAUUGCAUGUUUGCCUCCCCCAAUUAAGUACUUCUUUUUUCUGGCUGAGAGAAAAAUGUCAAGAAACUUUGCUGAAUUGAAGAAAGCUGGUCUGCUUGUCUGGAACUUGAUUGUAAUUAUAUGUCGGAUAUUUGAGGAUGGAAAUACUGCAGAACUUUUAACAGGUGCAACACUUGACAGAUGGAGCAAAGAAAAACUCAGUUUAGUUCGUGUAUGCUUAGAAAGUAUUCUGGGAAAACAGAAAAGUGGUCCUAAGCAAGUGACCCAGAAGGUGAUACAAAGUAUUGAACAGCAAAGACCAAACUGGAUUGAAAACCAGUUGCUGAAGGCAAGAAAAUUGAGCACAGACUGUGCCUCAGGUACAGUAGAAAGCGUCACAUUAGAAGGAGGAGGUGUUGCACAUGGAUUCACUGAGCAGAAAAUAAACAUGAUGGUCCUGGAUAUCUGCCACAAACCAGGUGGCAGCGAAUACCUGAGGCAAAUUUAUCACAUCAUCCGGCUCAAUGAGGGAUAUUUGGAAGAGCAGCUGUCCUGUGAGAAUUAUGAAGAUGGUGUUGCCUCUAGCCAAUGCCUGCCUUUGACACUGAAGGGCAGAGAUGAGCACCCUGGCUUCAACCCUUUGCGUGUGUACAGACAGUCUUGUGCGAAAGUAUUCAACCAGUCAACCAUUACUGAAUGGAACUGGGAUUGGUCAAAGUUGCUGCCAAGUUAUUUGGGACUGAAUCAGAUGACCUUCAGGGUGCUGCUGGCACACAGGUGGGAGAUGAAAGAAGGUGCAGAUCUUGAAGAUGAGGAGAAAGUUAUGGUGGAAGACUUAAAAAAUGUUUAUUUGACACAGAGCACUCCUACCUCAGAGGAUAAAGAAGAAUAAUUACCACGACAGGCUUCGGUAGCACCUUUUCUGAAUUCAACAUGAUUAACUUAAUGGCUUAGUUAUAACUGACAGGACUAGAAAGCUCAGGAAUAUAUAUCUCGAGUAGGAGUUUUAAACCAAAGAAUGUUCCCCUGUUAUUGUCUAGUCACCCCAUCCAGGCAGCAAUUGUUCACACAUGCUUAAGGUGAGAAACAAUACGUGAGAAUGUCAAUGUCACAAAACAAGGCGGGUGCAUCUUGAUGUUGCAGGGGUAUAAACCUGAAUGGCAAACCAAGAAUUGUCUUAGAAGCAUAAAACUCACUCUGAAAAUAGUGGAACUUUGGGCAUGUGCUAAGCAAACACGCAUGCUACACUUCAAUCGACCAUUUUGAACUGAAAGGGAGCCUGCCCUCAGUUAGUGUUGCUCAAGAACCUUUUCUCUCCCUUGAUGCCCAUGUUCUAGUUAGUCCUGCCAUUAAAUCACCCAAAAUGUAUGCAAAAGGGCCAGUACAGGCCAUAGGACUACAGUCCUUUGUGAGUUGAUCUGGGAUGAGUAUGUUUGGCCAUUAUUCCCAAGCUGAGCUUCAUCAGCAUUAUUGCCCUAGCAAAUGCUAACUUAGCAUCCAGAGUAUGCUAUAGCCUAAAAUGCAAAUUAUAGAGAAACUUGUUAGUAGCUUUCAAAGUUUUGAGAAGCAUGUUUUCAUUUAAAAGAACUAUUCACAGGCAGUGCACAAAGAACUAUCUUAGCGGUGAACUGAGAAGAUAAAAUUAUGGCAUCAUAGAAUAGUUUGGGUUGGAAGGGACCUCAAAGAUCAUCUAGUUCUAACGCCCCUGCCACGGGCAGGGACACCCCACUAGAUCAGGCUGCCCAAGGCCCGAUCCUGGCCUUGAACACCUCCAGGGAUGGGGCGGCAACAACUUCCCUGGGCAACCUAUUCCAGUGUCUUACCACUGUCAUGGUGAAGAAAUUCUUCCUAAUGUCUAGUCUAAAUCUGCACCUCUCCAGUCUACACCCGUUCCCCCUCAUCCUGUCACCACAAGCCUUUACAAAUAGUCCCUCUACAGCUUUCCUGUAGGCCCCUAUAAGAUCUUCGCUAUAAGAUCUCUUCUGAGCCUUCUCUUCUCCAGGCUGAACAAGGCCAACUCUCUCAGCCUGUCUCAGCAUUGCAUUAUAAAGAAUGCGAUACUUAUUUCCGAUAAACACAGUAAAAUUUCAUUUUCAAAGCAAGCCCUGCCAAUAUUCGGAUUUUCCAAAUAUUAAAUGUUUUUCUUUUCAGUAAAAUUUCUUCCUCAGACAUUAAAAAUAGUUGAGUUAGACAGGUGGAUGUUGUGACUGUAUUUUUUAUACAGAAGGUGUAGUUGAUAUUUCCUUAGCUCCACAGAAACAAUCCAUCAUUCUCCUACUUGUUUCUGGCAUUGGAAGUCCAAGGGAACAAUUUCCUCUGCCUGAUGAAAGACGCUGGGAAGAGCUUCCUAAGGCUGCAACUUGGGCUACAGCUGUUCCUGUUCCAAUCACAUCUUCUCACAGGUGCUAUUAUGGACAUAACUCAGACCACCCGAACAGGAGGAAGGCACAUUUCUUUCCUAAAGACUUCAGCAGCAGCAUGGGUAACUACAGCCCUAAUGGUACUAUAGGAUCUAAUCUAAAAUGCAGAUUCGCUUGCUCUUUUUCUUUUUUUAUGUAAAUUAUCAGACCAUUUAAAAUGAAAAUAGGAGCCACUGCAUCUUACCUGUCCUGCAUCAACAAAAGGGCUGUGAGGAACUAAUGCCUCAAAAUUGCUAGCAAUGUUAUUUAAAGAAUAAAACAGACCUUUUCUGCUGCUGAUGACACAGUAAUUUUAGAUGAUAAAGAAGUUAUGAAGUGCAAGAACAAUUUUUCUUUGCUUUAUAUUUCACCAUUGAAGAUCAGUUGUGGUCUUAAGGUUUAAAGCAAGGGCUACAGGAACUGCCUGUGAUGGCAGGUAUGGUAUUGUGAAAGAUGAUGCUCCAAGCCAUACUAUUAAUGUGUUAGUGCACGUGGAAGCUGGAGUUUAGAAUCAUCCUUCAUAUUUUAUCAAAAUCUAUUGUACAUAAUUAACUUUCUGUAUAGUCACAUAAAGUGAAUUUCUGUCUAUGAUGUGGUGAAACUGACUGAAAUACUUUUUGUGAAAAAGCUCCCCUUCUGGAAACCACUUAUUCUUAAUAGGAUAAACUUUGCAAGUGGAAUAAGUUAACCCGAAUAAAAGCCCUCGCUUACUCUGAAAUCGGGAUAUCCAUACAGGGAGGUAUUCCGAGCUGGUUAAUAUCCUUUAAAUUAAUAACAUAGCUAGCUCUGUAAACAGUCCCAUUAAAAAAAAAGAAAUUAAUUUUUUAUGCCUUUCCCCCCCUUCUCUCCCUGUCAAAUUAAUUCAGCAGUAACCCACCAGGUAGCACUAGGGCAAUUUUUUCUUUCUUAGCAAGAUUAUAUUUAUAAUCUUUACCAAUGUGGAGCUGACAAGACAGAAUAACUAGCCUGAAUUAAAACUCAACCUCUACACAAUAUUUAAUUUGGAUGUUUUUCUUCUCCAAACAUCUUUAUAUAUAUAUAUGUCUAUGCAAUCUAAUGUAUGUUUGAAAUUGAAUUUGUCCCUCAGUCCUUGCAGAGAAACAGCAGGGCUUGGUUUGUUGGCAACAUCGUGAUCCUGUUAAAUGACCUUCAGAGUAUGAAAGAAACACCCUCUUGGCAACAUCACUUCUGCUGAAAAGAUACUUUCACAAGAUUCACAUUUGUUCAAUAGAAUUACAGUAAUAAUAAAAAGAUGUGUAACUAAGAUUGCUAAAUAACAUACCAUUAAUUUAUCAAGGCUGCUUACUUUAAACUUAAACCCUUAAUUGAAGAAAAGUGAAAGACACUUGAAAGAGCUGUUCGUUUUUACAUUGUAAGGUGUGUAAAAUUAGCAGUGCUUGUGUAACAGACUGAUGCUUUCUUUGGCUUUUCUCAAUAAAAUAAUCUAUAUUUUUUAAAAAGUUCUGCUGAUUCUAAAGUUCAUUUAAGAUUAAUUGCAUUUUGGAGAGUGAUGGGUUCAUAAAGCUGCAAUGUUUUGCUUUUGUUUAGUAUGUCCUGUCUCUUUUGACACUGCUUCUUGAUCCAAGAACAUCUCAUGUUUAUGUUUAGCCUCAAUAAAUGAGGGCAACACAGGACAGAUUUUCUGGCUGCCAUGUGGGGUCUUUGUGGUAUGACCACUGCCAUUUGACCAUGCAAACUGCCUCUGGAAAGGCAGUCUAAAACAAGGUUUAAAGUCUGUUGUGUGCAACAGACCUUUCUAAAUGGGCAAAAGCUGUCCUAUUUGGCUCAGCCGAGUUAGCUUGAAAGGGAAUUGUUAUAUUUAUAGAAAUGAAGCAGAUUGGAUAGCACAAAGUAAGUAACUAUGCAUUACCAUAAAUGCUACACCUAAUUCUCAUUUAACAUAUAAGUAUGUUUAGCCCUUUUUACAAAACAGGCUUAAAUGGGAGACUUCAUGGCAUGGAAUAUCUCUAUUUACAUUUGUUUAUUAUCCAGUUCAGAGUGCUCCAAAUCUUAACACCUUGCUGCUUUUUAGAGGCAGUUAAUAAAAGUAGAAGCAGGGCAAAAUUGAGAUAGCAUUAAUAAUUAUGAAACUGAAAAAAGACAUGAGAGAGAGAAUUUUGGGGAAAGAUAGGCCUUAAGACAUAGUCCUGCCCCUUAGCGACUGCGGUCUGGCAAACAGCUUCCUGUAGAUCAUGCUUUAUUCCAGGAAAGCGCUUUUGUAGAGACCACAGGCAACAAAGCUAUUUGCUCUGGAAACAUACACGGCAGCAAAUGGAUGUUCUCUAAUUCAUCUCUGCAUCCUCACAGCAGUGCAAGGUAGGCAUGAGGCUGGCUUCUUCCAAUUAGCUUCCUCUGACAGAAAUAUUCCAUUUCCCUCUCAGCUGUGAGGUCUCCACGAAACACGACUGAGUCUUAUCUACAGUGAGAUACCAAUUACAUGCUGAUAUAAAACUAUUUUAUGGAACUCCUUAAAAAUAUGUGCAAUCAUUUUUAGUGACAGACACUGUUCAGACUUCUAAGGCAAUAGUCAAAAGACUGAGGAAUUAGACUCAUUGCCCAGUUAGGCAUGAAAUGAGACAAUAACGUGAUGGCAACAGGGAGAUUUUUAAGCAAGCAUGUAGAUCUUGAGGAGGUCCUGGCUGGUGCAAAGCCACUUCUCUGUGCUAACUGUCCAUAUUGUAAACAGUGGUGUGAGUGGAAGUAGCAGCUCCAAAACUGUUUUAAGUAUAAUACACAGGAAAAAGGCAAGGGUGAGCUUGCUUUUCUCUUUACCUUUGGUUUCCAACACUUGGAAAGUAGACUAAAUCAACUGCCAUUGCCAGGCAGGCAGUACAGGAAAAGCAUGCAAGGUUUUGAGUAGGCUAGGCAAUACUAAGGGCCUUGUAAUACUCAUCAGUAAAAUAAUGAAGGACCAGAUUACUUCUCUCUAGCAGCAGCAUUUGAGAAUAGUUUUUUCUCUAUUAUUGCAGUAAGUGAAAUAAUCAUAGAACACUGACAAAAACCACUCUAAAAAGCAAGGAAUCAUGCAAACAAGCAAAAAUAAAUCCAAACCUAUUUUCCUUUUUCCUGAAAAAGUGAUUCUGUAACAAGUUGUCCUGAGUUUGGCUGGGACAGAGUGAAUUUCCACAAGAAACUGUGAGGGGACACAGCAAAGGCAAUUGACCUAAACUGGCCAACGGGGUAUUUUAUACCAUGACGUCAUGCUCAGGAUAUAAGAGGAGUAGUUGUUUGGGGCAUGGGAUUGGCAGCACAGUUCCCAGCACAGUGGGCAAUGCGGUUUGUGGCAUGGUUAGUGAUGCGGUAAUCAUGGGUCAGUAUCAUGAAUGUGUUUCACAGCACAGUUUAGGUGUGUGGCUGUGGAGCACGGCUUGGGAUUCCAGAUCAGGAGCGUGCUCACCAUUGGGUUUUGGGCAGCACGUGAUUUGCAUAUCCUGUUAUUAUUAUUUUUAUGUUUUCUCUUCCUUUGCUGUUGAUAUACUGUUCUUAUGCCAGUCCACGAGUUUUACCUCUGUUGUUUCCAAUUCUUCUCCCCAUCCCAUGAAUGAGUGGCCAUGCAGCCACACAGCUAAACCAUGACACAAGUCUCUCAGGACGAACUUGCAAUUACUAAGUACUAAGAAUAUAAAGUGAUGAUCUGAAUUAAGAUUUUACAUCUGAAUUUAGAAGGCAGCUGUUCCUAAGCUGACAAGGAUCCAUUCAGGUCACGGCUAGUACAAAUUUGAUACUUCAAGCCCUUUAGACUCAGGACAACUUCAGCUGCUAGUAGGUUGCAACCAUCCCUGCAGAGAUACUUUUUAAGUACUUCCCGCUAAAAAAUAAAGUGUUUUAAUGUUAAAAUAGCUUAUUAUCCAGUUUCUGCAGUAAAUCAGUCGAGGCUCCAACACACAUUAGUCUCAGUGUCUGCACAGUCCUGGGUCACAUCAACCCUCUAUCCAGAAAUAAGGCAAAGAACUUUGUAAUGGUGAUCAUACUCAACAGGUAUGAUCUUCUCCAGUGACAAGCUCCAAAAGUGCGCUGUGUCAUAGAAUCAUAGAAUGGUUUGAGGCAGAAGAGACCUUAAAUAUUAUCUAAAAUCAGGUUACAAACUUUCUUAAUGGUAGAGGCUUUCUGCAACAGCCCAUAACUGACUUUUUUUUUUUUUUGGGACAGCUUUUUAGAAAAAUAAUCUCUUUCCAGCUCUCUCAAUAAAUAAAUAUAUUGAUUAAAAUUACUAUCAUAAAACAAACAUGCCAUCAUUAGAAAACAUCUGGUGAAUGAUUACCAGCCUACCUAUGCCUUAAGACAACUGUCAAUGACAUGGUCAUUUAUAUUUUCUCCCUAUAUGAAUGUUACACAAUCAACUUCGGUAAAUUUGUAAUUACCUAAUAUCCAACUACUUUAAUUCUUUUGCCCCCUAAUAGGUGUCUUCUAUGUAGCUACAAGAAAGCUGGAGGGGGACUUUUUAAAAAGGCCUGUAGUGACAGGACGAGGAGAAAUGGCUUUAAAUUGGAAUGGGGAAGAUUUAGACUAGACACAAGGAGGAAAUUCUUCCCGAUGAGAGUGAUGAGGCACUGGCACAGGUUGCCCAGGGAAGCUGUGGAUACCCUACCCUGGGAGGUGUUUAAGGCCAGGCAUGACGCGAUAGCGCUUUGAUCAGCCUGGUCCAGUGGGACGUCUCCCUGCCCAUUGCAGGCGGGUUGGAACUGGAUGAUCUUUAAGGUCCCUUCCUAGUGAAACCAUUCUAUAGUUCUAUAUUUACCUUACAAUUACCCUGUACCCUACACUAACCUAUAUGGCUAAUAAUUUCAGGUUCAGGGUACUCUGAGCGGUUCUGCUUCUCAUGUUCCACAUGCAUUUUGUAAUAUAAAUGUUUUUUUUCAUUGUUCUAAGCUACCUGUGUUAUCUGGGAUAGUUGGAGCUAUUUGUAUGCAUUGCUGUCUGUGAGUUAUUUAUGAAGUUUUUACCUAAACCAAUGUAUUUUGCCACAGGUUUUAUUUCCUUUAAGUUCCCUGAACUUUUAAUUUACACUUGGAAAUCCAUACUGCAUCUGUGUUUACAAACACCUGUUUACAUAUCAAUAAAAACUAUACCUUCUCAAACCUCACGCAGAGUCCUAGAGAACCAAGAAUUUAAUAAAUGUAAAAUUCAAACCAACCAUC